AUGUUGGAUAUUAAUGAAAGGGAAAACUCUUCUAGAAGUUCAGUUUGUAAAAUUCCACCUGAUCUGAAUGAUCCACCGAAAAAUAUACCCUUAAAGUCAUUAUAUGAUAGAUAUCAACUAAUUGAAGAAUUGGGAAAUGGAUCUUUUGGCUGUGUUACUUUAGCUAAAGCCAAGUUUGAUCUGAUUAAUCUUUCAUCAAAUGUACAUCAAUGUAAAGGGACCCUAUUAGAUCAGACCAAUACAGAAUAUCAGAAUUUUAUUGCUAAAUCUCAAAGACUAGUUGCAAUCAAGACUAUGUUGACUAAACUCUACACAUUACAUGACUAUACAAGGGUAAGAGAGGUAAAAUUUAUUUUAGCAUUGCCAACGAAUAAACACUUGAUUCAAAUAUUCGAGAUAUUUGCAGAUACAUCAAAUUAUCAACUUCAUAUAGUUAUGGAGUGUAUGGAACAGAAUUUAUAUCAAAUGAUGCUUCAUAGGAAAAAGAGAGUGUUUUCAAUACCCUCUUUGAAAUCAAUCUUGGCUCAAAUAUUAGCUGGUAUUAAACAUAUUCAUGACCACAAUUUCUUUCAUAGGGAUAUUAAACCAGAAAACAUUUUAGUCUCACCAAAUAAGAGAUAUUUUGAUAAAGAAAGGCUUGAAUUAGGGUUUUAUCCAGAUAACUAUGUUGUGAAAUUAGCUGACUUUGGGCUAGCACGCCACGUUGAAAAUAAGAAUACAUAUACCGCAUAUGUGUCUACACGUUGGUACAGAUCUCCAGAAAUUUUGUUAAGAAACGGUUAUUACUCAACCCCUUUAGAUAUUUGGGCAUUUGGUUGUGUUGCUGUUGAAGCAACAAUAUUCAAACCAUUAUUUCCUGGUUCAAACGAAUUAGACCAAAUUUGGAGAAUUUUAGAGGUUUUAGGCACUCCAUAUAAUAAUAAAAAUGAUUCAACAGUCCCAAACAACUUUAAACCUUAUGGUGGAACUUGGAAUCAUGUUGCGGAGCUAGCAAGUAAGUUAAAUUUGGAAUUUCCAUUUGUGGAAGGAAUUUCUUUAGAUAGGUUUAUUCCAUUACCCGAAUUAUAUGAUUUAUUGGAUGUAAUAAAGAAAUGUUUAAGAUGGAAUCCUUUAGAGAGGGCUUCAGCUAAUGACUUAUGUUUGAUGGAAUAUUUUAAAGAUACGGUUGCCAGUGAGUCAAUGAAAAACUCAAAUACUAAGGGGGAAUCCCGUAAGGAUGUUACAGUCAAAAAUAAUAGAGUAACAACCAAUACUGAACAAGCUUUAAUAUUUGCAGGUAUCAAUUCUGAUCCUUCAAAGACGUCACAAUUAGUAUUUUCUUCAACUAAAAAUAGUAAUAUUGAUCAUAAUAUGGAAGAAGAUAGUAUUCAGAUUAAUGAUGAAAAUCAGAGAUCUCCUAAACACAACGGACAUAUGCUAUCUAUUCCUGAGACUAAAAAUAAUGGAAAAUUUUUUGGUGAUGUACUGCCUUUGAAUCCAAAAAAUAUUACAAAUGCAAUCAAACCAUUUGACCAUUCAAAAUUACCAAUGAAAGGAUUUGCACCGGAGUUUAAUUUUAUUGAAAAGAUCAAUUAUUUGUCAGAUGACAAUGACCCCCCAAUACCAGAUAUGGAAAAAGACGAUGAAAAUGAUGAUGAAAAUGGAAUAUUUUCUGAUACUGAUAGUACAGAAGAAGAUGAAAUAAAUAUGACGCGGGAAUUACAAAGGGAGACCCAUAUUAAAAUACCAAAUGAAUUAGAUCAAAAUGUUUCAUUAUAUUUUGGUAAUAAUUUAGAAAAUUUAGAUAAUGGAGAUAACAAAGAAGAAUCUGAAUCAUUUAAUCAAUAUAUUUCUGAAAUGGGGUUUAAUAUUGAUGAUUAUGAGCAAGAAGCAGAUAAUGAUGAUAUUAUAACCGAAGGUGAACCAUAUGAAUCUGAAAAUGGCAGAAAUUGUGAUGAAGAUAAGAGCGAUUUUUUCUAUGUGUUUUCUCAUAAGGAGCAAACAAACAAUCCUUUCACUAGGAGAACAUUUCCCAUGAACCAUGAACAAGAACAAGAAGAGGUGGAAGCAGGGAACACGUCAUUACCGUUCCCCGAUGUGGCACCUCGAACAUUUGAAAUACCGCACCUUGGUCCUUCAGAAGAAGUUACUAACAAUUGUUCGCUAAUGAAUCCGAACAGUUUCUUCGGAAACUUAACCUUUUAA